AUGAUAAGCGAUUCAGACAAUAGAGUGGUACUUAAUGUUGGAGGGAUCAGACACGAGGCUUACAAAGCCACCCUUAAAAAAAUCCCUGCGACCCGUUUAAGCCGCCUAACUGAGGCCCUCGCAAACUACGACCCCAUUCUAAAUGAGUACUUCUUCGACAGGCACCCGGGAGUGUUUGCGCAGAUUUUGAACUACUACAGGACGGGCAAGUUGCAUUAUCCUACUGACGUUUGUGGGCCACUCUUUGAAGAGGAGUUGGAAUUUUGGGGUCUCGAUGCCAAUCAGGACGCUUCAAAAGUCCUGCACGCGACGUUCAUCAACAUCGCACUGAAAUAA